AUGAGUUCUUCAUCUUCUUCUUCUUCUUCUUGGUCUCGCAGUAAAUUUCUUGAUUCAGUAUUUAUGAUCGGACAAAAGGAAGUAACAAGAAUCUUGAUUCUGUUUCUUGGUUUGACUGCUUCAUGUCUUGUUUUAUACAAAACAGCUUAUCCUCUGCAACGACUUAAUGUCAACAAUCUCAGUUCUCUUUACGCUUCUCCAUCUUCACCAUUGCCAAAUAUCAACUCAUCAGAGAUUUCUCAAGAAACAGCUAAACCAAAGAUCAGUUUCAAGGAGAUUUUGGAGAAUGCUACGACGAAGAACAAUACAGUGAUUAUAACGACACUGAAUCAAGCUUGGGCAGAACCAAACUCUUUGUUCGAUCUCUUCUUAGAGAGUUUUCGUAUCGUACAAGGAACACAACAACUGUUGAAACAUGUAGUAGUGGUUUGCUUGGAUCGCAAGGCGUUUGAACGAUGCUCACAACUUCAUACUAACUGUUACCAAAUUGAAACCUCAGAAACUGAUUUCUCCGGAGAGAAAGUUUACAACACUCCUGAUUAUCUCAAGAUGAUGUGGCGCAGAAUCGAGCUUCUUACACAAGUUCUCGAGAUGGGCUUUAACUUCAUAUUCACGGACGCAGAUAUAAUGUGGCUUCGAGAUCCAUUUCCCCGGCUAUAUCCAGAUGGAGAUUUUCAAAUGGCAUGUGAUAGAUUCUUUGGAGAUCCUUUCGAUUCAAACAAUUGGGUCAAUGGUGGCUUCACAUACGUGAGAUCAAGCAAUAGAAGCGUUGAGUUUUACAAAUUCUGGCACAAAUCUCGUCUAGACUAUCCAGAGUUACACGACCAAGAUGUGUUCAAUAGAAUCAAGCACAAGCCUUUUAUCACUGAGAUUGGGAUUCAAAUGAGAUUCUUUGAUACCGUUUACUUUGGUGGGUUUUGUCAAACGAGUAGAGACAUCAACUUGGUUUGCACGAUGCAUGCAAAUUGUUGCAUCGGAUUAGAGAAGAAGCUUCAUGAUCUGAAUAUUGUUCUUGAUGAUUGGAGAAAGUAUCUGUCUUUGUCGGAACAUGUGCAGAACACGACUUGGAGUGCUCCUAUGAAGUGUUUGGAGGAUUAAGGAUAUUUUUAAUAUAGAUUUGGAUGAAAAGUGUAUUAGGAAUGAAGUGUCUUUAAGGACUCUAAUCUAAUCACAUUGGUUUUCUUUCUGAUUUUAGUU